GGAAGUCGAUCAGGCAGGAUGGAGCACGACACUAAGCACACUUCCUGUAAUUGCCUGGAUUUUAACAAAAUGGCCAAGGUGAAGAAAGUGGUGGACGAAGCCCGGGAGCAAAACAACCCCGAGCUCGACCUGGUCGACCGAGGAAUCACGUCCAUCGAAGAGAUACCCGGACUGUUCUCCUUGCCAAACUUGACAAGGUUGACAUUGAGCCACAACAAAAUCAGAGUUGUUCCUGCUAGCAUCGCAAACUUGUACAACUUGGAAAUUCUGACACUAUGCAACAACCAAAUUGUGGAGUUGCCCUCAUCAAUCUCUACAAUGCCAAAACUCAAGAUCCUGAACUUGGCCAUAAACCGGCUCAGCAGCCUGCCUCGAGGGUUCGGUGCCUUCCCCAUGCUUGAGGUGCUCGACCUCACGUACAACAACCUGAACGAGCAGUCCCUGUCCAACAACUUCUUCAUAAUGGAUACACUGCGGGCCUUGUACUUAGGUGACAACGAGUUCGAGAAGCUUCCUCCAGCCAUUGGACAGCUAAAAAAUUUGCAAAUUCUCUCUGUGCGGGAGAAUGACCUUGUGGAGCUUCCCAAAGAACUGGGCCAGCUGACCAGGUUGAGGGAGCUGCACAUUCAAGGCAAUAGGCUCACGCUGCUUCCUCCUGAGCUAGGCAAUCUCGACCUCGCAAGCCAUCGUUGCGUUGUCCGCAUGGAUGACAACCCCUGGGUCGCCCCCAUAGCCGAUCAGCUGCAGAUUGGCGUCUCCCACGUUGUCGAGUACAUCCGCAGUGAGACCUAUAAAUAUGUUUAUGGCCGCAACACACACAGCAGCCUGUCUCCUCCCCCCAAGAAGACCGACAAGAACAAGAAAGUGAGCAAAAAAAGAGACCACAACUGAGCGCACACUCGAAGGGUAACUUGACUAGUUGAGACAAUGCUCUCUUUUAGUGGGCUUUUUGAUGCUUCACUGUCCUUUGCUACCUUCAUGACAAAAGAAAUACUAUGAAGUAUGUGUCUAGCUUUCAGUGAAGGUGUUGCUGAGAUAUGGCCCAACUCCCCUAACGAACGCCGAGAGUGAUCAAAGGAUGGCACCAUCACGAUGAUUCUGGAGCACUAGAGUAAGAUGGUUAAUAUAAAGUGGAAGGACUAGUGUGUGGAGGCCAUAUUCUUGAUUGAUCACUUUUUGGCACAUCACCUCCGGUGCCUGGCUGAUUUUGGUGGCCCAGCGGCUAUGGCAUUGCACUGCUGAGCCAAUCACAAAACUGAUUGCUGAAACUAUCAUCAAAAGUGACUGAUUGAGGAUAAUUUUCUUGUUUUCGUCCUUCUCACUAAUGUUAAAUGCUUUCUUGAGAGUUUUGCAGUUUACUUUAUUGUGCAAUUGUUGAAAAUGGAGCUUCCAGUUAUGCCUGUUUAUUUGAGUAACGGUUAAAUGACCCAAGUGUGUCGGGGUUCGUUAAAGAAUGGGGCUGGUCGACCACUACAGCAUAGUUUUGUUACUUCAGCUUUCAUGGGCUUCAAAUAUUUGUUCCAAUAACAGAGAAGGCUGUGUUGAAAGAAGCCUCUUGAGAAUGUGGUAUGACAUGAGCUCUGCCCUGGCCUGGAUGUAGAAACCACAUUGAAUGACUGCCAUGUUGUUUUGGUGGAACUUAACUAGCUGUAGUUUCUGGCUUGUUUGCGUAGUUUAUAGCUGUGCUACAGCCUGUAGCACUGGAAAGGACAGCUUCUGUUUAUAUCAUUAUGCUCCCUUCUCAUAUUCUGUGCAAGCUUUGUGGCUAUUAAUAUUACAUGAGGUAUAAAUUGUGCGUACUGUGUGUGCAUGUCCUUAUAUGAGUCAUUAGUUGUUGCUGUCCUCCUUUGCUUCCAGUACAGUCGACCAUUAAUUUUUUCAUAACCUGCCAGUUCUUGCAGUUCCUAUCAGGCUUCUCUGUAGCAUGGGAAUAGUGUUGCCUCUUAGUGUGUUCACAGUGUUUACCAGUACCUGUGGGCCUACGGGACAAUUUUUCUGCAGCGUGAAUAGUCAGCUGCCAUCCACACAGCCACACAUUUUUAGUGAAGACCUGAUUUCACUGCCAAGUGCGGCAAGUUGGGUGUGUUGGUAAAGUUGCAACACUACCUUUUCUUUGUCCUCGUCUUUUUUUGAGUGCUGUUUUACUAUCACCAUACACCUGAUUUCAGCCUGGUGCGAUGGGUGAAUGUUGCCAUCACAUUAUGGAACAUGCUGUUUAUAGAUAAUAGGGAUGAUUGUGAUGGUGGCUGUAUGCUUAUUAAAAACAAACACAUCGUUUCUGUUUAAUCUUCACUACAUGCUUGUCAUGUUUUGUUUUGCAUUCUCAUGCCCUAGUUAAUGUUCAUUGGAACAGUUUUGUUUUUGUGAGUGGCAGUUGCUUGUGGAAAAUGAAAUUGUAGGCCGUCAUCAUCUUUAACAUCGGUUAACAGGGUUAAAGCAAGCAGCACCAAAUUGGCACCACAUGCAUGCAUUGGUGUCUGCAUAGAAAAUGCAGAAAUUUUGAGUUGUCAGCAAGCUCCACUUGACUUUGUUUCCUUAAUCUUCAUUUUAUGGCAAGCCAUUAGAUUUGUUCAGCUCCCCAAACACAGUUUAGUCUUUGCCUAGUACACAGCUUAAGUAAUGUAAAACUUUUCACUGAAUCAUUUUUUGCUCAUAAAUUUAAUUAAAAAAAAGGUGCCAUCUGCAGGAAUGUCAGGUGACCCCAGCGGGGCUUGAAAAAUAGUUCUCAUAAAUACAUGCAUAAGAAUGUUGUCGUGUUUGCAAACUGAUGUGAUACAUCACAGACAAAAUGUAGGGUCCCGAGAUGUGUCCCUUGCUAAAGGCACAGCUAUGGAAAGUUGCUCACUUCCAGAACUUUUGAAGCAACGCACAUUUUUCAGCCAAGAUUGUUGACUUUGUUUGUUGUUGUAUGUACGGGGCAUUGCAGCUGCGUGGAAGCCUUUCACUGCUCCUAGUACUGUUUGCAAGUGCUGUCAAUAUGAAUGUGCCUUAGUAUUGUUCAUUUACGCUGUUUCUGUAUUGAACAGUGGCAUUUAAUGCAGGCUUUCUAUUUCAUUUAUAAAGGUGCUGCAGCUAGAUUGUUGCCUUUCGGGCACUUGCCUUUGCAGUGUUUUGGUGCUGUGCCUUGGGCUUUUUAAGCAGUGCUUUUAAUAAUCUUUGCAGUAUUUGCCUUACAACAUUGCUCGCUUUAUUAGAAUCAAUUUCACUAGGGGAUUGGAAGAAUGUUGCUGUACAAUAUCUUUUAGUUCAUUUAUUAUGCCUGCUGGUGUUUUGUGAAGAGCGGUCACAGUAAUUAUAAUGCAGCCAUGAAUAAUCUUACUCAUCUAAUAUUUUUCAUUGCUGUGGCAGUCGAGAUCAAUGGUUGGUUAGAGACUGGCUGUAGGGCUGAGCAAAGGUGAUAUUAUGAAGGCAUUUCACAGUGAGAUGUGUGCAUUGACUUGAAACAAAAAAUCGCUAAGCUAGCUUGGGACAACCCAAGUGCACCUGGACAAUGAUAAACUUUUAAGCUUAUUUGUGUAAUGGUUGUUUCUGUCUGCUGUUGAACUUUAAAUGUAUAAGUUUCAUGAUUCUUUGUGACAGUGAGCGUUGCAAAAUGAACUUAGUCAUUACUCAUUUAUGACACAUUGCACCUCUUGUGCUAAACAUGUAAGCGAAGUGUCUUUGUAUUUCUUGUGUAUGCACAAUAUUCUUGCAUAAUUUUCACUGUGUUACGCUGAGAUUUUCUGGCUGUAGGCUUUUCUUGGUGCCACAUAUUGUGUCACUGUUUGCCAUUGUGAAAGUUGAUAAUACAUUUAGGGGCACACACUCCUAUGUAUAUUGGGGUAUAUAUUCUAUGUGCUGACAAAUUUAUCAUGGUUACUGACAUAGUCCAAAACCUGUGACCUGUAUUACGGAGUGUGAUAUACAGGAGCCAGGACUCUUCUGAUAAGGCACUGAUGCCGACAUCUUGGCAAACCCAGCUUCAUGGCUGAGUUCACCAUGCUACGAAGGAUGGCGCUCAAGUUUGAUACUUUCAUCCAGCAGCAGUGGUGAGGAGCAGUGCUUGUAUUUGACUUUAGAACUAAGAAUGUGCUUUUUCAAGGUCUGAACUUGGCCUGUCGUAUGUUCUUCCACCUCCAGGAUAAGAAGCGAAAAACAUUUCAAACUGCCUUGCUGGCAUGAUCCAGUGGGGACCUCUUCUUGCAUGCUUGUCAGGAUGUUUUCAUGUGUCUUUGCUUUGAAUUGUAAAUUAUGCACACAGUGAUGGCAAAGUGAAGUAGGAGAAAGAUGAUGCAACAUAUGCAUGAGGAAGGGACGAUAUUGGCAAAGGAAGAGGGCACACAAAAAAGCUAGUACUGCCAGUGUCGCCGAAGCGUUUGGGUAGGCGCACCAAAUGCACUGCAAAGUAUGCAUGUCGGCACACCCCUGUUUAUAUCAUACUCCGUUACGUGGAUUCAGGUAAUGCACCUUUAAUUUAAGUGGCCAAGCUGUGAACAUCUUUCUCUUCAGUGAUGUGAGGGCAUCUGCUGUGCACCCGCUGCAAGUGUCAAUGUUGUGUUGUGCAGUCUUUCUUAAUUCUCUUUUUGUCUAAGCUGAAUUAUUAGAAUAAUGACAGAACAAGGAAGCUGGUGCUUUUGCUGUGGCUUUUUGCAAAAGGGGGGGGGGGGGGGGGAAUGACUCGCACCACUUGAUGCUGCAGUUGAAUGUGUUCUUGCCCUAAUUGGAUAAGCUUCGUGGCACUGUAUGAAUUCAGUGCUUUAGUGAUAUAAGGGGAGGACAACAUUGUGAGCUUCUUUGUGAGAACUGCUGUCUUGAUGGCAGGGCAGUUAAAUCAGACGCUGUCUGGUUCUACUUGAUAUGUCAUGAUUACAACCGUUCAUGUAUAGCGAGAAAGUUUUAUUGGCUUGUUUGGAGUUAGCGAGUGCCAAAUUGUUGCCACUGGGUGCAGCAGUGAGAUUUUUCACGUUUACAGCCAAUAAUACAGCAUUGCUUGUUUGGCUAAAGAAUAAUCAAAGUGGUUAAUGGUAAAGCCUACAGUAUAUGAUCACUUUAUGAUAAUCAAUAUUCAAUUUUAGUGUGCUUCUGGUUGAUCCUCCUACUGCAUGCUUAUAUGCAUUUAAUUUUUUAAUUAUAUUUAAUACAUUUUUGUGUGCUUAUUCAUCACUUUGUUUGCCUGUAAGUUCCUUGGCCGAUACACUGUGGUUCUUUUUGUCCUUGAGAAGAAAAAGAACUGGUGCCCGUAAUUUCUUGGUUGUUCUUGUGUGCUACGUUUUAUCGUUGUUAGUGCAUUUUCUUAUCAGCUGCUUUUUUUUUUACUUUGUGUUUGCUGUUUAGUUUGACAACAACAUCUUAAAGAGAAGGCAUUGUCAGACAGUCCUUUUGUUUAGUUUUGUGUGGAACACGAAGAUUUUAGUGCAAUCUGUCCAAUCAGUUCACAAAUGAUUGUCAGCGUUGCUGGACACGCAGAAAAUAUUGUUAAGCAAGUGCCUGUAAGUUUCAGUUACUUGUUGAGCUUGUUUUUGCUAAAAUGUGGUCUCUUUUUAACAAGAUGUUUAAGCACGCUCUUGGUUUAGACCUAAUGAUUUUCGCUAGUCGCACAAGUUGAAUAAAGUUUUUAAUCUAUUUACCUGUA